AUGAAAGCGAGAAUGAGCGAGAUUAUGGCGCCAGAGUUUGCGAAGAGACGGAAGGCGAAGAUUAGUGAAUUCAAUAAACCGAACACAAUGUUGCAGUGGGUUUGGGAUGAUUCUAGUGAGAAGGAUAGGACGGAUGAACAUCAGAGUAUGAUUCAGAUUCUGGCGACGGUUCCCACUGCUUUUGCAGCUACACAGGCGUUGUUUGAUCUGGCGGCGAGACCAGAGUAUAUACCUAUCAUCAGGGAAGAGUUUGAGUCUGUUUGUGACAGUUGCGAGGAAAAGCGUCCGACAAAGGAAGCAUUCGGGAAGAUGACCAAAUUGGACAGUUUCUUGAAAGAGUCCCAACGCAUCACGCCCCUCGCUUUGGUAGUAUCCUUCAAACGCGAAGCCCUUGAAAACAUAGACCUCGCAGACGGUACGCACAUCCCCAAAGGAUCCCACAUUGCCGCCCCAUCCUACCACAUCGGCCUCGAUGAGUCGCACUUCUCCUCUCCCGAGACAUUCGACGGCCUACGCUUCCACAACCUCCAACAAGCCGAAUUUGAAAGGACAGGAAAACCCAGCACAAAGUAUCAAUACGUUGCUGUGAAUGAGACCUCGCUGCAUUUUGGAUACGGCCUGCAGGCUUGUCCGGGGCGGUGGUUUGCCGCCAUCGUGUUGAAGUUAUUGCUGGGCUUGUUGGUAAUGCAGUUUGAUGUUAAGUUGAUGGAUAAGGGAGAGGGAAGACCAAAGAGUGAGAUUGAUCGGUUUUUCAUUUAUCCUGAUUCAACCAAAAUGGUUGUAUUGAGGAAAAGAGAGGGUGUUUGA